AUGGCUUCUUCCGAUCCCGUGGUAAUCCCCGGAGAGGUCCGGUUGAUCCUGGCAGAAGCAUCAACCGACGCGUCGAGAUUCGUCCUUCAACCAACACCAUCCUCAGACCCCAACGAACCACUAAACUGGCCAUCAUGGCGAAAAUGUCUCAACUUCGGCUUCACAAUCGCCGUAACAGUCGCAGCCUUCACAAACCUCUCCAUCCAAACCGUCUUCUGGCAGCAAAUGACUGUUGACAUGGGCGUCACCAUUAAACAGCUCACAUACGCUUCUUCAUCGCAGCUAGCUGGUCUAGCACUCGGUUGUCUGUUCUUCAUCCCGCUUACCAUCAAGUAUGGUCGUCGACCGACUUAUGUUGUUUCUUGUGCUGUGCUUGCGGGUGUUACGUGGUGGAGUGCUAGGAUGAAUACUUAUUGGGAAUUGAUUGUUACGAAUAUUGUUACUGGACUUGCUGGUGCUAUUAAUGAGACUGCUGUGCAGAUGACGAUUGCCGAUAUCUUCUUUGUUCAUCGUCGUGGCUCUGCAAAUGCUAUCUAUUUCACAGCUGUCAUGGUAGGCGCUUUCCUCGCCCCCAUGGCAGCAGGCACUCAAGCUGCCAAUCAAGGCUGGCGCUGGUCCUACUACACCCUUGCCAUCUGCCUUAGCAUUCUUACCGUUCUCUUCGCCGUUGGAUUCGAAGAGACAAAGUACAUCCCCAUCACCAUUGGUCAAACCGAUAUCAUCGACGACGCAUCCGAGCGUCCUGAAUCCAAGGAUGAUAUCGACGAAAAGACCAAGAUCGAAAACGAGGUGUCAAAGGUCGCUACCCGAACUUCCACCGCUAUUCCCAUGAACACAUGGCGUCAACGUCUUCGUUUUACUACUACAACCAACGAAUCCCUAGCCAAGUUGUUCAUGAUGCCUCUUCACGUCAUCACCCUUCCUCACGUCAUGUUCACAGCUCUGCAAUUUGCUUCUGGAGUCUGCUGGCUUGUUGUAUUUAUGCAAGUUACUUCCAUCGUCUUCUCUGCGCCACCUUAUCUUUUCACCACCGCUGGUGUAGGAUACAUGGCUCUUGGUCCAUUUAUUGGAAAUAUCUUUGGAAGUAUCUACGGUGGUCCCUUUGCAGAUUGGGCUAUUGUGAGACUUGCUAGACGAAAUGGUGGUUUCUUUGAGCCGGAGAUGAGAUUGUAUCCUCUUGUUAUUCCUACUAUUUUCAUGGCUGGUGGAAUCAUUAUGUUUGGCGUAACCGCUGACCGAGGCAUGCACUGGAUCUAUCCCUCCAUCGGCGGCGCGUUCUUCGCCUUCGGUCUCGGCGCCAACGGCGACAUGACCUUCACCCUUGUAAUCGACACAUACCGCGAACUCACAGCCGAAGCAUUCAUCGGCAUCGCCUUUAUGCGCAACGCCAUCUCCGUCGCGAUUCCCUUUGCCAUUGUUCCCUGGAUGAACACGAUGGGUCUUUCAAACAUGUACAUCCUGAGUGGAAUGAUUGCUUUUGCUAUCGGAUGUCUUUUCAUUCCCAUGAUUAUCUGGGGUAAGAAGAUCCGUACCGCUUUGGCGCCGAGGUAUUGGAAGUUGGUUGCUAAGAGAUCUGCGAUUUAA